UCAUACUCGUUCCAAGCAUCAAUCGCAAAAAUUAUAGGUUAUGUUGCUUAGGGAUUUUCGUUGCGCGCUACCAACAUCAUCUCAUUUUUUUGGAAAUUAUGUAACCAUCGGGGCAGAUAACCGAUUAUCGGAGUUGGACCGGCUCGUGACGUUUGUAACCUCGACAACCCCCGUACGUGAAGUGACGUGAAGUUUUGCUCUGAAAUUUUUACGAAACGAAUGUUAUAACGAACGUCAAAGUCGCGGCACGUCGAAGCUAUGUUAGCAGGCAAAUUAAUUUCAUCGCUCUCACGAUCGGUUACGUGUAACCUGACGAACAUUCGGCAAAUGAGUGCUGCAAUUAACACCGACUGUGUGAAAUCUCUGUUAUACAAGGAGUACGGCGAGCCCCUCGAGGUUCUUCAAGUGACAACGCAAACGAUAGAACAGCCAGCGGGCGAUCAAGUCUCUGUGAAAUGGCUACUAUCUCCGGUGAAUCCAGCCGAUAUAAACACGAUACAAGGGAAGUAUCCUAGCAGGCCAUCACUGCCAGCGGUGCCGGGAAACGAAGGGGUCGGAGAAAUCGUGGCGAUUGGACCUAACGUUCAAGAUUUGCACGUCGGAGACAGGGUGGUGCCGAAUGGCCCUAAUUUCGGAAUCUGGAGGACGCAAGCUAAUUACAAUUCUAAGGAUGUUAUGAAGAUACCGAAUGACGUUGAUCUAGUUGUAGCCAGUAUGAUGAACGUGAAUCCAUGCACAGCGUACAGGAUGUUGAAGGAUUUUGUUCCGUUAAAGUCCGGGGAUACUGUGAUACAAAACGGUGGCAAUUCCGCGGUUGGUCAGCUGGUCAUUCAAUUGUGUAAAAUAUGGGGCUACAAGUCUGUCAGCGUCGUCAGAGACAGGCCGAACAUACAGGAAUUAAAGAAUCAAUUGGCAAGCUUAGGAGCGGAUGAAGUGCUGACCGAGGAGGAGGUUCGAAAUACGCAACUAUUCAAAAGUAAAAAGUUACUCGCACCGAAAUUGGCGCUCAACUGCAUCGGCGGGCAGAACGCGCACGAAGUAUUGAGACAUCUUGCUCACGGUGGUAUUUUGGUAACUUACGGCGGCAUGUCGAGAGAGCCGUUAAACGUACCGAUAGCCUCGCUUAUAUUUAAGGACAUAACAUUGAAAGGAUUUUGGAUGACGGCCUGGACGAAAGGGAAUAUGGAGUCCCAGGAGAGAGUGGAUAUGUUUAAGAAUCUAGCCGGUUUCUUUAGGGAUAAGAAAUUGCAGCCGCCGCCGCAUAAACUGGUGCCUUUCCGCGAAUAUCAAGAAGCCAUCGCCAAGGCGCUCAAUUUCAACGGUCGAACGGGCGUGAAGUAUAUUUUAGAUUUAACGGAGUCUUAAAACGUUUGUAUAUAUGUAUUUGCGCGCGGAGAUAAUCUGUUUUCCACUUUUUCCGUAACUUCUGUCGGUGCAUUUGAUAGCAUUUAAAGUUACCAUCCAGUUAGGAUUCUGCAAUAUAUUCCGCGUACCGUUUUUCUUGUGCUUUGCAUAAGAUUGAAGCGAAUUGAAGUACCGUUUUGUAAAAUAGAGGAGUAACUUUUCACAUGGGAGAAUAUAUUUUAUUUCUAUUAGAAACACGGUGUGUACAAAUAUGCAAGAAAAAUAUAGGAAAAAUAAUUGCAA